GGGGGCGGGGCAGUUGUGGCCUAAGAGCCUGGCUUGGACCUGACGGGUAUGUGUAUCCUGAACCAGCUAUCGGGCUCCGUACUCUCCUGGGCGGCCGCAGUGCGUCGUGCGGCAGCAGUGGGAGGCAGAGGGUACCUGGAAGAAGGUCUAGAGUGGACGCUUGGCGGAACCCGCGGUUUCAGAAGCGCUGCCGUCGCUAUGGCCCCGAUCAAGGUGGGAGAUGCCAUCCCAUCCGUGGUGGUAUAUGAAGGGGAGCCUGGGAACAAGGUGAACCUAGCAGAGCUGUUCAAGGGCAAGAAGGGCGUGCUGUUUGGAGUCCCUGGGGCCUUUACCCCUGGUUGUUCCAAGACCCACCUGCCAGGGUUUGUGGAGCAGGCAGGGGCUCUGAAGGCCAAGGGGGCCCAGGUGGUGGCAUGCCUGAGUGUUAACGAUGUCUUCGUGACUGGAGAGUGGGGACGAGCCCACAACGCAGAAGGCAAGGUUCGGCUCCUGGCUGACCCCACUGGGGCCUUUGGGAAGGAGACAGAUUUGUUACUAGAUGAUUCGUUGGUGCCCCUCUUUGGGAAUCGACGGCUCAAGAGGUUCUCCAUGGUGAUAGAUAAUGGUGUAGUGAAGUCCCUGAAUGUGGAGCCAGAUGGCACAGGCCUCACCUGCAGCCUGGCCCCCAACAUCCUCUCGCAGCUCUGAGGUCCCGGGCGUGGGUCUACUUCUUCUGCCCUUUCUUGUUUCACCUGCCCAGCCCAGCCUCAAUUUGGGCCACCCAGUUGGAGCCUUGGCCAGAUUUCUGCAAUAAACACUUCUGGUUCACA